CUAUACCAACGAUGUAUGGGGUGCGCAAUUAGCACCCGCAAGUAAACCGCCGACCUUCACCUAGCAGCGUUACCAGACAAGAUUCAGCAAUAUGGCGAUAGAAAAGAUAGUAGAUUUGUUCGUCAGCGGGAGGCUCUGCCUGUUUGGCGAGCACACGGACUGGGCGGGGGAACACAAGGGGCGAGGGGGCGAGCACGUCGUGGAGGGACGGACGCUGGUGGUCGGGACACAGGAGGGGCUGCACGCGACCGCAAAGCGCCUCCCCAACAAGGUCCUGCGCAUGACAACCACGGACAAUAGCGGCCGCAAGCUUGGCACACAAGAGCUGCCCUUGGAGCCGUCCGAGCUGUUGGCGGCUGCUCGCGAGGGCGGCUUCUUCAGCUAUGUGGCGGGCACCGCAUACCGCAUUGUGGUGGCGCACGAGAUCGACGGGGGGCUUGAACUUGACAACCACACCACCUCGCUGCCUAUGGGGAAGGGGCUGUCCUCUUCGGCCGCAGUGUGCGUGCUGGUGGCGCGCGCCUUCAACAAGGUGUUCGACCUGAAGCUGACCACACGAGGGGAAAUGGAGUUCGCAUACCUCGGCGAAAUCGCUACGCCCUCCAAAUGCGGCCGCAUGGACCAGGCGUGCGCGUACGGCAACGUGCCGGUGCUCAUGAACUUUGACGGCGACAUCCUCAGCGUCGACCAAGUGCCGCUGGCGGCCCCGAUGCACCUGGUGCUGGUGGACCUGAAGGCGGCCAAGGACACCACCACAAUCCUGCGCAACCUGCAAAGCGCAUAUCCUAAACCCGCCAACGCGCUGCACGAGGGCCUGCAGCGGCUGCUGGGGCCCGUGAACCACCGCAUCACCGCUCAGGCCCUGCAGCACAUGCAGUCCGGAGACCUGCGCGCGCUAGGGAAGCUCAUGUGCGAGGCACAGAGCCUGUUCGACGAACUGGCAGGGCCGCUGUGCCCCGAGCAGCUGACCGCGCCCGUCCUGCACAAGGUGCUGUCCUACCCGGACCUGCAGCCCCUCAUUUGGGGCGGCAAGGGCGUGGGCUCGCAAGGCGACGGCACAGCACAGCUGCUGUGCAAGGGGCCACAGGAGCAGGCGCAGGUGUGCAGCAUUGUGAGCUCGCAACUUGGGAUGGACGCCAUGCCGCUCACGGUCGGCCCCGUGGCGAGGCAGUAGGGGCGGCUUGGCGUGCUGGUUGUGGGCCAGGAGGAUGGCAUGGCGAUUUGACGGCGCAGCGUCUCGGCAUGGACAGUGUCCCAGGGUGGGGUGGUGGUGGUGGGGGGGGGGCGGAUGCCGCAAAUUACGGGUGAUGUACAGAGUGAUCGCGUCUGGAAAUGAGGUCCAGGUCCUGGGGAUCAUGUGGUGAGGCGUUGUUUGUGUGACAAGAAGUGGCAUGGGGGGGGGGGGAGGAAAGGAUGGAGCGCACCAUGACACGAUGCACGCAAUGUGUGCGAUCGAGGCGGAGGGCCAUUGUUCGUCAGAGUAUUACUGGAACACAUAACACAAGCAAAUCUAUAAUUAAUAACACAAAGGCAAACGCACGCCAGGACUGGGUCGGCCGGUCAAUCAGUCAACGAGUCGGAAAUACGUCGUUG